AUGAUGAUGACUAUGGACCAACCUUCAGCGUCUGGAUUCGGUGAUUUCGGCGGUGCUUAUGCAUCUGAUCCAUUUGCAUCAAAUCAAUCAUCUUCACCACCAAUUGGUAAUGAUCCAGAUGUUGAUUGGAGUGUUUUCGAGAAUGCUGAACGAUAUUUAUUACGUGAUGAUAGUGCAUGGAUAACACGAUUAAGCAAAGACUUUUGGUGGAAUCUCGAUCGCAUUUCGGAAAUGAUAACCCACGAUAUUCCAUCUGCUCAACAAAUGAAUAAUCGACCUAAUCAGCAGAAAUUCAAUCAACAAUCUUUCCUUCAACAAUCAGCUCCACCUGCGAGUAAACCGUUUCCUCCGCAAGCUCCAAAUCCAAUGCAAUUUACAGGUGUUCCACCACGAAAAAUCGUUGGUCAACGUGCUGGAAGCAAUGCAUUCCGCAAUCCUUCGAUGUUCAAUGGUGGUUUUGCUUCACCUCCACCCUCCUCAUCAUCGUCGUCAUCGUCAUCAGGCUCAACGAUUGUUCGCCCACCAAAUACCAAUCUUGCUAUGAAUACGAAUUUCAACAUUCCAGACAAAUCUAGUUUCUUUCAAGCUUUUUCAUCAAUGUCACUUGCUGGUGGUUCUAAUGAUCAAGAUAUUGAAUAUAAUCCAUUUCAAUCAAAAAUAUCAUUUGAUAACAACAUGUGGGGAAACAAUUCCCAACAACCAAUCCCGUGGCAAUAA